AUGGCACGAAUUAAUAUCAUUUUUGGACUACGAAGUGUUUGUUUAAUUGCAGUUACUUUUUGUGUAAUUUUCCAUUUAACACAAUCGGAUUCAAUAAUUUGUGGUAAAGCAAUUAAUAAUGCUUUAGAUAUGAUGUGUGAAAAUGGAUUUAAUACUUAUCGAACUAAACGAAGUUUUCCUUUAGAAGAAAUCACCGAUGACAGCAACGACGAAGUAGACAACUUUGGAUUGGACCAAUUACCAUUCUGGAGAAGCAUGUCUGCUGAUAGUUUAACAAAACUGCGACGCAGAAGAGAUGGUGUUUAUUAUGAAUGCUGUGUGAAACCAUGCACUAAGGCAGAGUUGAUGACAUUCUGUCGACCAUGA